AUGGUCGCAGCCACAGAUACCUCGAAGGACCUGCCGUUCCAGACGGUCCAGGUCGAGGCCCUCGUCGUCAUGAAGAUCACCAAGCACUGCUCGUCCGCCUUCCCGACCACCGCUACGGGCGCCAUCGUCGGCAUGGAGAACAAGGGCACGCUCGAGGUCACCAACACCUUUGCGUUCCCCUCGGUGGCUGACGCUGCCGUCGAGUCCGGCGCCAACGAGCGCGGCCACCAGAACGACGCGUCGGCCAUUGCCGCCGCCGCACCGCGCGCCAAGUCCAACGUGACGUACCAGGCCGACAUGAUCCGCCACCUCAAGGAGGUCAACGUCGACGCCAACAGCGUCGGCUUCUACACGAGCGCGACAAUGGGCAACUUUAUCAACAUGAGCUUCAUCGAGAACCUGUACCACUACCAGCGCGACGCCCAGGCCGGCGCGGCCACCGUCGCCCUUGUCUACGACGUCAGCCGCAGCUCGCAGGGCGCCCUGAACCUGCGUGCGUUCCGCCUGUCCAGCGCGUUUGUCGCCGCGUACAAGGAGGGCAAGUUCACAACCGAGACGCUGCAAAAGUCCAAGCUGUCCUUCAAGGACAUCUUGGUCGAGCUGCCCGUCGCCGUCCACAACUCGCACCUCCUGACCACCUUCAUGCACCAGCUGCCCGCGCCGCCGGCCACCGCCGAGGUCGACCUGCCCGCGUCGCUGUCCGACAUCCACGGCGCGCCCCUGGCCUUCCCCGCCUACCCGUCGCUCGACGCCCUCGACCUGUCCAUCGACCCGUUCCUGGAGAAGACGUGCGACCUGCUGCUCGACAGCGUCGAGGCGCACUACACCGACCUCAACAACCACCAGUACUACCAGCGCCAGCUGACGCGCGAGCAGCAGAAGAUUGCCGCGUGGCAGACCAAGCGCAAGGCCGAGAACGCCGCCCGCACCGCCGCCAAGCAGGCCCCGCUCCCCGAGGACGAGUGGCAGCGGCUGUUCAAGCUGCCCCAGGAGCCCAGCCGCCUCGAGAGCAUGCUCAACGCCCGCCAGGUCGACCUGUACAGCCGGCAGGUCGACGGCUUCACGUCCAGCGUCAGCGCCAAGAUGUUUGCCGUCCGGGGGAACCUGCUGCCCGAGUAA